UUACAAUGAAUAAGAAGGAAGAAAUGAAGGAGCAACUGAUAACUCAUGACUUAUCACAGAGCUCAUGUCAAGAAGAAGAAGAUGCCCUUGGAGAUAUGAACAGAAUCUCAGAACCCAUUAAUGAAGAUGACCAAGAAGUGCCUAAUGACGAGCAAGAGCAUGAAAAACCAUAUACAGAUCUGGGAAAUAUCCCUGCUAAUGUUCCUAUCGAGUCAUUAUUAGGAGAGGAUUUUAUGCUCGUUCCAAAUUCAACCAGGAAAGCUCUGAUAGCUAAAUGGGACCAAGAAAAGAAAAUUCAUUUUCUGAGUAAUAAAGAUAAAGAGCAAUUAAAAAAUAGAAAUCUCUUAUCGCUCUGGGAAGAUACUGCGAAAGCUAUCCAAGACGAUAAGACUAAACAGCCUAUGAAUAAUACUCCUCCAAUAUGAUACAAAUUUGUAUGGCAAAUGUUCAGGCUCCUUCUUCUGGUAGUUCUUCUGUAUAUAGAGUUUGUAGUAUGACAAAUCUUCCUAAUGAAUGUAGUUAUCAUAGGACUAUGCGUCUGGCUCCAUCUCAAGACCAUGGUCUUCUCAAACGGAAUGUAUAAGAACAAAAUGUACUCCUACCGUCAUCGCAAAUUUAAGCAAUUUUUGCAAGAAGAAAAAUCUAAGUAUGGAUUGGUGGAACUCAUUCCCGGAAAAGAAGGUAAAUGGAUCGAAAUCAAACUUGAAGAGGAAGAAAAUGAUGAUAUUGGUGAUAACUUUUCAUCAUACCAGAACUUCAACCUUGGGAAAGCUGUUCAGCCUACUGCUCAAUAAGGAUGAUCGAAUAUUACUG